GUCUCGAGCUGUAAAUAAUUAUUUUAGUCGCCGGAAUGAUUCCAUCGCUGUCUCCUGUCUCCAGUUGGUUAGUAAUGCUGCUGAUCCUGAUGCAACUGAUUGAGGUAUGGCCCAAUUGCUGUUCCUGUCCAUCUGUCCGCUGUAAAAUCCCCCAGUGGCCGUGCUGCGAUAAGAAGUCCAAGUGGUGGAAUUCAUUUUUCGGUUAAAAAAAAUGUGUUUUUGAAAAUGAGUAAAGGGGUUAAUAAGCACAAGUUUUAUUUAAAAUCUUCAAAUUAUUCAAUAGCUCUGACUCCAAACUAUCUAUUAAGACUGUAAUUAAUUCAACCAUUUAGCAAGUUACAAGCAACUAAACUUAUUGUAAUAAAGAUAUACUUAUACAGUGCUUCUAUACAUAUUAUAUUAAA